AUGAUUGCUGCGGUAUUAAAUAUUUGUUUUUAUUAAAUUAAGUUCGUAAUAUUAAUUUUAUUUAAUAUAAUAUAAUUAUAUAAAGGCAUAUGAAACAACAGCUUAUACAUUUUACAAUUGCCUAUUAUUGUUAGCUAUGAAUCCAAAAUAUCAGGAUAUAUUGUAUGAAGAAAUUAUGUCUAUUUGCCCAGAGGAUGAUAUCGAUGUAACAUAUGAUCACAUUCGUCAAAUGCCUUAUCUUGAAAUGGUUUUAAAUGAAACAAUGCGUCUUAUUUCGACAGUAGCAUUAGUUGGUCGUAAACUUAGAAAAGAUAUGAUUUUAAAAGAUGGUUUGUUUUUAGCUGAAGGAACUAAUAUUGUUCUUGAUUUAUUUCAUUUGCAUCGUAGCAAAAAAAUUUGGGGUCCGAAUGUAAUGGAAUUCAAUCCUGAUAAUUUUUUAAGUACAAAUAUGAAAAAUAAAAAUCCUUACAGCUUUAUACCAUUUACAAAAGGAAUACGAAAUUGUGUUGGUUGGCGAUAUGCAAUGUUUUCAAUGCAAAUUUUAUUGGUUCACAUAAUCAAAGAGUAUGAAAUUAAAACAAAAUGGAAAUUAGAUGAUCUACAUUAUAAAAUGAAAAUAACAAUUGCUUAUCAUAAUAAUCCGGAAAUUGAAUUUCUUUAUAGGAAUAAAAAUUUAACAAAAUAAAUAAAGCUUGUUAGAAAUACUUUAUA